AUGUCAGCUUCUCGAAAAUCGUCUAUACCUAACGCUGAGGCAAGAGAUGUCUACUUUGGCCAAGAGGUGGUGAAUCGAGUGUCUUUCUUAAGGGAGGAUCUGGAUUUUGUUUCCAAUGCUGUAACGCAUCCUUCUACUCGGUUUAUUUUCUACUUCAAGGGUGAUCCGUUGGUGAAUAAGUCGGCUCCAAAGGAGAAAUUGGUGGUGCUAACUAAUGGCGAUAACCAGCUUCUCGAAGAGCAAAUCGCCGGUACUAGAAAAGGUCUUCUUGCUGCUGAGGGUUGGAAGAAGGCUGUAGAGGCCUGGAGUGAUGAUAAUAAGGAGCAGCUGCCUUCAUUGCGUUCUCCAGGUAAACCUACGUUUCUUCUUUUGGGUAUGAGAGAUGAGAGUGUGGGGCUUGAAUUGCACCAGCUCAAGUGUGAAGAUGCUGAUUGCUACCUUGAUCACCAAGGUCGGUACUCGGGUAUUCCAUUUUUCGGUGUUGAUUUGACUAACGCUCCUGAAAUUGCUGAAUUGGUUAAAGAUCAUGUUGCUAACAAUGAGUCGUCUGUGCCUAAGGAAGACUUGAUCUUCUCCUAUUCCAGGAAGCAUACCAUGGGUUUUACAGGCGUUGAAUCUUCCCUUUUCAGUCACGGCAAGAUGUUCUUCGACUGGCUUGGAAGAAACCGUUUCUGCCCUGGUUGUGGAUCUCGGGUUAUUCCAAUCCAUGCCGGUGGCAAACUCAGAUGUACCAAUGAAGCUACUGUUGGUGAGGGAGAGAACAAGAAGUUUGUGUGCCCGGUCAGAAACACUAGAGUUUCCAAUGUUUCUUUCCCUAGAACAGAUGCUGUGGUGAUCACUGCAAUCACUAACAGAGAGAGAAGUAAGGUUCUCUUGUCUCUCAACAAGAGGUAUGCUUACUCAAAGAUGUACUCAUGUACCGCUGGAUUCAUGGAACCUUCAGAGACAGUCGAGGUUGCCGCCAAGAGAGAGAUCUGGGAGGAAACAGGCGUCGUUUGUAGCGAUAUCCGGAUCCAAAUGACACAGCCUUGGCCAUUCCCCGGUAAUUUGAUGAUCGGAUGCAUUGCUACGGUCGACUUCAACGGUGAAAACGAGACAAUUCAAUUGGAUCACGAUCAAGAGUUGGCAGACGCUAGAUGGUUUGACGUCGCUUUUGUCAAAAAGCUUAUUGACAAUAUUGAAGACGAGGAAACGCUAUCUGAGGGUAUCAUUUUGCCCACCGACGUUUCCGUGGCGUUCCACUUGAUCAAGGAGGUCGUUCAGAACAAUGGGCUGAAGCUUUAG